GUUGACAAUGGAUGGAUGGAGUAUUGCUUCCAGAAGCAGGUGUGUACGGCGGUACCGCGUCAUCGGAAACCCGCCCACCGCGCAGCCGCGACAGCUGAAAAGGAAGUGCGCAGCGCCGUUCCACGGCAGAGGGGGCUCUCCACGGGGCAGGGAAGACCUAAUGCUGUAAGCAAUAAAAUGUUGAACUACAGCAACAACAGCAGUCUUAGUGGACCUCAGCUGACGUCUGUGCCAUGCUCCAGUGCCAGCUACUCUUCCUGUGUCCCCGCUGGGUCAUUGCUUGACAGGAAGGUGGUGGGGGCCCCCUCUGCUGGAGGCCUGUUCCAACGGCGUCAUUCAGUCAGCCUCCCCAGUGCAAAGUUUAGCCAGAACCAGUUUGAUAACAGCCUUAAAACGGACCCGUUAAUAGCACUGGGCAGCAACAAGGAGAACCAUUUCCGUGAGCGCUCCUUCUCAGAGCUGGGGGACCGUCUGCGGCCCGGCAGUCAGGCAUGUGUGGGUGGAAGCGGCCAGGACAACUCAAGCCGCUAUAAGACAGAACUGUGCCGGCCUUUUGAGGAGAACGGCACCUGUAACUACGGCGAUAAGUGCCAGUUUGCCCACGGCAUGCACGAGCUGCGCAACAUGAGCCGCCACCCGAAGUACAAGACUGAGCUGUGCCGCACCUUCCACACCAUUGGCUUCUGCCCGUAUGGCCCCCGCUGCCACUUUAUCCACAAUGCGGAAGAGCGCCGUGGGCCCCCUCCCCUCGCUGCCUUCAACAAGAGGGAGCGCACCCGGCUGCAGCACAGCUUCAGCUUCGCUGGCUUCCCCAGCCCCGGCGGCCUGCAAGACUGCCCUACCUCCGUCACACCUCCACCCAUGUUCUCCACCAAAGGCCUGAUGAAGUGGCAAAGCAACCCCUUUACCUACUCCAGCCAGGAACUUGCCUGCCUCUUCAGCGCCAGCUUGGGGCCCCCACCUGAGCCUCAGAGUCCGGCCCAACCUUCCCCUAUGUCCCCCUGUUUUUUCCAGCCCACUUUAGAGAGUCCCCCAAAUCUCCCAGACUCCCUGUCUGAUCAGGAGGGCUACCAGAGCAGCCUGGGCAGCCACAGCGGCUCAGAGUCCCCCCUCCUGGAUGCCUCCCGCCGCCUCCCCAUCUUCAGCAGGCUCUCAGUCUCUGAUGAAUAAGGUGUCUGCGUCCCUGGGCUGAGAUGGGAGGAGGGGGGGGGUUCCACGAGAGGAAGAGGGAGACUUCACCUCCACCGCCUUCUCCUAUCAACUCUGUUCACAGGAUUGUUGUAGCCAGUGAGUCACCUCAGAACACCAGACGCCUUGUCUUUUAGGGACCCCCACCCACACAAAAUCCAGAUCAAGUCUUUUCAGUAUGAUGAACAGUUGGUAAACCAGAAUAUUAUUCAUAUGCAGGCCCCACAGUGGUGGCCUGCAUGUGAAAGAAUGUGAAAUGUAGCUCCGAUCACAUGAUAGAGUAGUUGAAUAUGACUGAUUCUGUCAGAUUUAGAAAAGUGCCUUGAGAUGACUCUUGUGAAGCCAACAGUAAGCCAAGACUUUUUCCAGCUUCCUGUUUCUUACAGGCUGCUUUCCAUCAGUCAUGCUGCAGUGCUGCAGAUGUGUGUCUUGUUUUGAUGGAGGCCAGUUAUCAUUCUAUUUGCUGCUAAGAGACUUUAUUUUUGGGGUUUGAAUGCACACAGGAAUUAAAAUGACCUCUGAAGUUGAGUUACAGGGUCACUUCACCCAGACUACUUUCUUUCACAUACCUAUUGUGGCGUUUAUGUUUUAGCCAUGCAGAUAAUUUGGGUCUCUGAGAUUUCUGCCUCUAUCAAUACAGCGGCGUUAGGUCUGCCUAUAGCAUUAGAGUUAGGUGUAAUAAAGUUUGGUCCAGGUCAGGCUUCUGAAUAGUCCAUAGAGCCUCAGGAGUGUUCACACUGAGCUCUGUGGGGUGAUGAGGAGCUGGGACUGUGCCAGCAGUCUGCAGCUUCCUGGUGCUUGUUGGUCAUCUGGGUCUUUAGAUUGAAGGGUUUGGUCUUUACACGGCAGAAGCUCGUCUGACCUUUCUGACUCCCAUAGAUGAGUUUUCUGUGUGAAGUGACAUCUCUGCUGUAAGAAAUUAAAGUCUCCUGUUGAUUCUACCAUGUUCAAUGUUAAGAUUAUGAUGUUAAUAAUUAUUAUUGUCUAGUUAAUUUCCCAAAGCCUUCAGAGUAAGGGCUUUGGCUGUCACUGAUUAUUUAUCAAUGUAUUUAUUGCUGAUCUUAAGCUUUUUUAUUUUGUUUUUCUGGUUAAUUAAACAAUAGAAUAUAUAUUUUCUUUUUGUUAAAUUAUGAUCCACCAUAUUAGAUUGUGCGGAGCUGUUUAAUUAUUUUUUUUUCCACAGUUUUAAUAUAUUAUACUGGAGUGAAAUUUUUUUUGUAACCCUUGGUCUAUUUUGAAAGUGAGUCUUAAUUCAAAUAACUUAAAACAAAAUGUUUAGUAUUUUAUUCAUGGCAUGCUCAUGCCCACAUGUUGGACUGUGAGUCCUGAAUUCACAAAAUCAUUGCCCCACUACAGCUGCCAUAAACAACAAGUUCAGAUGCUGAAAAAAGCUAAUACAGUUCAUGAACAGAGGCGGUGUCCAAAAAGUCAAACAAAUCACUUUUCCUAACCACUUUUCCUUGACCUUGAUGGAAAACAUCGAGAGGUCAAGGAAAGAUGUGGAGAAUCCAUAAGGACUUAGAAGAGGAUGGCGGUUCUAAGAGAAUGUGACUGCUCUUUUCUAGGCGAAGUAAUUAUGUGACAGCGAAUGUUACUGAUGUGACCUGCCGUGAUGAAACUACAAUGUUCUGAAUAUGGACUACAAAAAGUGCAUCUUUGACACUGCGCCCCCGUUUUGUUUUAAUGCAGGCCAUCUAAAGGUGGAAAACACAGUGGAAAAUAUUACUUCAUAACCAAGAUAGCAAAAAGGCAGAUGAGGUACCAGUUACUAAAUAAUGGACAGCGCUGUCACAUUGAGAAUGCUUGCUCACACUCACCCUCCUGCCCAACCAUAGGCCUGUUUAUCAACAUGAAUCCAAAGAGCGAAAGCAUUGAGGCUCCUUUCCUUAGCUUUUAGAGUAUUUGAACAGCUCUCAUCAUGGCUGCCACUGAAACACUUCUGGGUCACUUUACUCAGGAACCUUCCUAAGCGAAAAAGACUUUUUGGACGCAGCCAGAGUGAGUACAAUCGGUGCAGAUGGUGCAGCUGUAACAGGGUUCUUUCCACUGGCUGUUUGUGCUGCGGCGGCCAGAGACGAUGACGUGGGACUGAGAGUUGCUGGAACGACACUCGCUGUGAAUGAAUGUAAAUUUAUUGGGACUUUAAUUAGUUUUGAAAUUGCACUAAAAUAUUUGGGAAGAUUGUUUUUGUGUUCAGAGAAUCCAUUUAGUGGUUUUAGACCUCCAUCCUUCAAUUUUGUCACUGGAGAACAAUCCCUAACACAGCAUCUGCAGAAAUAUUGACAGCACAAUAUUCUGAAGUGAUGUGAUUAAUAUUGAUCUAAUGAAUUUGAAUCAAUUAACAGUUUCAGCCUUCGUUUAGGGUCCCUGUUUACAGCUCCCAUCUGCACCUUACAAAACGUCAGCUGUUCAGAUGGAAAUGCUGCCCAUUAGUGUAGCAUAGCAUCCUGUGUUCAGGGCGCCCAUCCUGCUGCAGUUCAGACAAUCAACAUCUUCAGUUAUGUAGAAUGUAAAGCAGCUCUGGAGCAGUCUGUCCUCAUCAGUGUCUUUCACUGGGAGGAGUCCUCAUGAGCAUCAAGGUCACUGCAUCAGUUUUACUCAAGUUUUACUUACAAAUGCAUAAUAAAAACGAUAGAAAUGAUGCCUCAUAUCUGUUUCAGAGUCACACACAGAUGUACUAGCACUUUGAGUUAUGAUGAUGAUGAGAAGACCCCCCCCAAUAAGUGCCUAUAAAUACAUUCCAUGUUUCUCAAAUGUUGUGCCUUCAUAUUUCUGUAUGACUGAGCAGAUGGAGAUCAAGAUUGUGAAUGAAUGCGUUCUCAGCAGAUGUGCUUUUACUGCAGUAAUGACUUAUUUUGUAAUGGCACAUUGCAGUUAAAACCAAUAAAUGUAUUUGUAUUGAA